AUGGAAGUCUACAUUCAAAUGAUAGGGUGGCAUAAAUUGGCAAUACCGUCUAGUUUGCGUUUAUUUGUAAAUGGAGAGUUUACACUAAUUAAUUGUGGGGAAAAUAAUCAAAGGUUUCUGAAUGAGCAUAAAAUGCAUAUAGCUCGAAUAAAGAAUAUAUGUUUUACAAAAAUAACCCCUGAAACUAUCGGGGGGCUAAUUGGUCUACUUUUAACAAUAGAUAAUAUUUCAGAUAAUGCUAUUUCGAUUUAUGGCCCCAAACCAAUAGGACAAAUAAUUAAUAAUUUUACUAGCUCAUUUGCAAAAAUUAAGAAUUUGAAAAUAACUAUCCAUGAAAUUUCGGAUAAUAAUAUAUUCCCAAUUGUUCUAAAAGGAAAUGUAAUUAUAACCCCAAUUUUACUUAAUAAAAAAAAUGUAAUUACCACAAAUCAAGAAACCAACGCAAUUCAAAAUUGUGAGCAAACUGUUCUCGAUAAAAGAAAAAAAAUGAAUGAAGUAAGUAAUACGUAUGAUAGAGAAUCAAAUAAUUUAUAUAAAAACAAAAAUGGAGAAAUCGAAGAAAAAUGUUCUCCUGACGAAGCUAAUUCGAAUUGCUUGAAAAAAAGAAAAUUGGAUAUACCGGAAAUUGAACGUGAAGAAACAUAUGAAGGUAAAACAGAAAUAGUGAAUGAUAAUAAUGGCAAUGGAAAAAUGGAAAAAUAUAAAGAAGCUUCAGAUAGAGAUUCAAAUAAAAUAGAAAAUACAAAUAGCAAUACCAUGAAUUCUACAGAAAUAGAUAAAAAUAGUAGUAUGAAACAAUGCAUUCUUUAUUUAAUUGAAUGUCCACAAACUAUUGGUAAAUUUCAUGUUGAAAAAGCACAGAAAUUAAACAUUCCUCCUGGGAAAUAUUACGGAAUGCUAAAAUCUGGAAAGUCUGUUACUAUAAAUAAUAAAAUAAUCAACACUGAAGAUGUGUGUGAUAAAAAUAUAGAUGGUAAAAAAUCAUUAAUUAUUGAUUUGUCAGAUACUGAAUAUAUAGAUUAUGUAAUUACUGAGAUUAAGAAUAAAGAACAUUUUUAUUUAAAUAAUUUAGAAUAUAUUUUUCAUUUGUCUGAUGAAAAAAUUUUGAGUAACAAAACAUAUAAAGAUUAUUUUUUAAAAUUGAAGAAUAUAAAAAAUAUCAAAUGCAACCAAUCUAAUAGUUCAUUAAAAAUAUGCCCUUUUAUUUCUUCAUCGUCAUUAACCAAUAUCCUUUCAAAAUUAAUGCCAAAUAUUUUCUUAAAAUAUAAGCCAGAUGACCCAAUAUAUGAAUUAUCUUCAAAGACGCAGAAUAAUUAUAAUGAUGAAGAAAAUACGAAUCAAAAUUAUAAUCAAAAAGUAAUAAAUAGCAAUGAGAGUAUAGAAGAAUACACUACUUAUUUGUCUUAUAAUACUUUGACAAAAUUUGUUUUGCACCCAUUUCAUAAAAUAAAUAUUUGUACAGAUGAAAUGCUGACCGAUUUAUAUCCAUCUACUUUUAAUUCUUCCAAAUUUUCAAAUUUUACCCAAGAAAAUGAUAAUUUAAUGAAUCCCAUUUUGGAUUUUAAUAAAAAACUAAAUGAUAAUGCUACCAUGUUACCUUCUUUUUAUUUUCUUGGAACUGGAUGCUCAAUACCAUCGGCAUUUCGUAAUGUAUCUGGUAUUAUUUUAAAUAUUCAAAAAGAUUUUAGCGUUAUUUUAGAUUUUGGUGAAGGGUCCUUAUAUCAACUAUACUGGAUAAGCAAAUCAUGGGUUCAAUUUACAGAAUCCAUAAAAUCUAUAAAAGUGAUAUUCAUUUCUCAUGCACACGCCGAUCAUCAUGUAGGAAUUUAUUAUUUCCUAUACAUACGGAAAAUUUUAUUUCCGCAUUUAAAUCCCCCAUUGAUAUUAAUUCCAAAAACAUUAAAGAAUUGGAUGAAUUUAUUUAACGAGUUAUUUCUUGAUAUAGAAAUGAGGAUUAUUUAUAAUGAAAAUGAUUUAGAGAUAAAAGAAACAAUUAGUGAAGAUAAUUUUUUAACUCUCCAUCUUUUUAAGGUUAAUCAUAUUAAGGAAUCAUAUGGAAUAAAAAUCGAAAGCAAAGAUAUUGGUUCUAUUGUCUAUUCUGCAGACACAAGACCAUGCGACAACGUCAAAAGAUUUGCAAAGGAUUGUAACAUUUUAAUACAUGAAGCUACAUUUGAUGAUGAACUAUUGGUCGAAGCCAUUAACAAAAAACAUUCAACGAUUCACGAAGCUAUGCAAAUUAGUCUAGAUGUUAAUUGCCAAACUUUAAUAUUAACACAUUUUAGCCAAAGAUACCCAAAGGCCCCUAUACUAAAUAAAUCAUCAUCUGCCGAGAUUAAUGAAAUUAUGAAUAAAACAAUUUAUAGCUUCGAUUAUAUGCAAAUUCCUUUAAAUUUAAUAAAAGAACUACCAACAUGCUUUAAUGUUUUAUUAAAUUUAUUAGAAAAAUUAUUUUAA